GUUGUGAAUUCAUUAGUCAAAAGGUGACGCUGUUCAGCGCCCAGUGUAUCGCUGGCAUUUCAACAAUAUACACUGAGCAGGGAAACUGGAGUCUGUGAGAGAUGCUGUGGACUUCUGCAUAGACAACUCAUUAGUCAAGUACAUGUCAAUCACAAUUGAUACGCCCACACUUUGCAUCGAAGAUCGUUAGAAAAAAUGAAACUGAAUGAAUUUGAAGAAAACAUAUUUUCUUGAGUUUUUUCAUUCAAUUAUAUACUCUUCUUCAAAUAAAUACCAGUAACGCCUAAAAAGAACACAACAAUAUUACAGAGAAGUUUAACUUUCGGUCUGUGACACCGUGCGUGGGUAUACGAGCUAUGAUUUCGCGCGCGAGUACAGAAGAGUUAAAAAUUAUCAAAAUUGCAUUUCGAUGUUUCCGUUAAUGAGCUAAGAUAAAGAUUCAAAAAUCGUUCACUAAUCAAAGCCUCAUACGGCAUGUGCACGGAUCUGUAAAAAAUGAACUUCCGUCAUGAACUCUAGUGAGAUUUUCAGUUGUAGUACACUUUCUCGGAUCCUAGCUGAAUGGAACAACUGAAAAGAGCGGUUUGUCUCAUGUGUAAAGACACGUUAAUCAAAUCAGGAGAAGGGGAAUCCCAGUCAUUUGCAAGGUGCUGUGGCGUUUAAACCAAUUGCCAUACGAAGAUCGGAAUAGCGUAAAAAAGGAGCAAUGAAAAAAUUAUUCCGCCUUUUGACAUAUUAUAUAUAAAUAUUGUUUCGAAUGGUUCAAUUAACAUUUCGUGAAUCCCCGGGACACAUGGUUAAGCAGUGCCUCUGAUAGCAUUACAUAUUGUACGCAUUUGGCCUUAACAGCAUCAUGCGCUUCACAUUUCUGAACAGUGUUCCUACCGAUCGGGGCGAAUUGGUAUAUAAGUGUGACUUCGCCAGUGGAUUCGAAUUCACGCAUCGCGCAAUUUUAACCGAUGGCAAUCGGUGCCGAUUCAAUUAUGUUUAGUCAAACAUUUCUUCUAAUUCUUCCAAUGGUACUUGCGAGUGUGAGGGGAUUGGAAUAUUUCAGCAGAAUACCAGCAAGGGACUAUUUUAGUCGCAAUACUAUCUCUGAUUGCAUCGACAGGUUUUAUCCACCCAAACCAGACCUCGUAGACCCGUUCCCAAGUUUUGGAGAAGAUCCAGCUGUGUCGAAUGGUUUCCGUGCAUACAAUGGGGAAUACCAACACAUGGCUGCGAUCGGUUGGCUAAUUAGAGGUGAAAUAAAAUAUUACUGUGGAGGGAUACUCAUCACUACGAGAUUUUUACUCACUGCAGCUCACUGUGCAGUUGCAAUGGACGGUGUUGAACCGAGCACGGUGCGUUUGGGCGAUACAGAUUUAGGAAGCUCGCAGUAUGAUUUCUCAGCACAACAGAUCACGAUUAAGCGCAUCACACGUCAUCCGCUGCAUCGGUUAACUCGCAACUAUCAUGAUAUUGCGUUGAUUGAACUCACAGAGGAUGCGAAGCUCAACGAAGAUGUUUGUCCUGCUUGUCUUUGGUUGGAGAGUUACGUACCUGAUGAAGCGAUGCGUAUUGUUGGUUUUGGAGCGAAAAGUUUUGCGGAAGCACUAAGUUCGACACUGCAGCAAGGUAGAGUUACCUACCUACCUCGAGAUUCUUGCAACGAAAAGUUUGUUGGAAACCGAAGACUACCAGAUGGCCUAAUGGACAGUCAGUUUUGUGCUUCCCAUGCAUCGAUGGAUACUUGUCAGGGAGACUCCGGAGGUCCAAUCGAAGUUCAACGUAUUGAUUUGUCCGAUUUCGUCCACCCGCUUGUUGUCGGUGUCACUUCUUUCGGAUCCCCUUGCGUGAAUGGAUCAACCGGAGUAUACACAAAAGUUGCUCCAUACCUGGAUUGGAUUCAAAGAGAAACUGGCGAAACGUUCAAUUACCUUCAAUGCACCACCCGAUGUCAAAUGAGGAUGUACGGAGGAAAUAGUGUUGUACCUACCAGUUUCCGUGCCAUCGUCCAUCUUCUCACAGAUCAGACCGUCGGAAGUCACUACAACUGCUCUGGAACACUGAUUGACGAUCGUUUUGUGUUAACCGCAGCAUCAUGUGCCAUCAGUGCGAGAGAAUCUCCGAGCUUCGUAUACAUUUCAGAUAGCCGUGAAGUUGUUCGAAUCGAUGAGAUAUUUAUUCACCCGAAGUUUGAAUUGGGCAAUCCAACAAAUGACAUCGCUUUGCUCAAAUUAACUCAAUAUCUUAAAUCAAAUUCAUCGUUGAAACCAACCUGCUUAUCACAGGACGCGGCCAAUGAACUGCAAUCGUUCUCGUUCAUUAUGAACACAAAAAAUAGAAAAUCACAAUCCAAAAUUGAGUUCAAAUACUACUCCAAAUGGAUGACAAACAACGAGUGCGGGGAACGGUUGCGAUUGAACGAAAUCUGUUUCAAAAACAGCUUCCCGGUGAUUCCAAAUUUCUGCAAUCUCGAACAUGGUGGACCAAUUUUGGAUGGACGCAGCACAGAAGUCCGCACGAUAGUCGGGAUCGUUUCAAGACAAAGUACCGGUUGUGAUCAGAAACUGUAUGGUACCUUGGUGCAGCCACAUAUGCAAUGGAUCGAUAGUGUUGUGUUUCGAAUGCAGAAAGAAGAUAUGCUCGUGUUCGUAUGAACUCGGUAGAUUAUUCCGUGAGAUUUCGUGAUACCUGCUUCAUCAAUUUUAGUUUUACUUAUUCAGAAAACUGCAUUUUUCCUCUUAUUACAACAGGCUGAAUUUCACGUAAUGAAAAAUAUUCAAUGAAUAUUUCCAAGUUUGGAUUGUACUUAAAAUUGUCGAUGUACACUUAUCCCCCUAUUUACACGGUACUUGUUUUACACGAUUUCGCUUUUGCACGGUUUAUGAAAUAACAAGUUUUGAAAAACUUGAAGAAUGUAUAUAUGUAGUUCAUAUGAAAACAAGUAAAGUAGGAUCAUAGUUUUGACUACAAGUGCGAUUUUAUGUUCCAGAAUUGGCAGGUUAUCAAUUUACUAGCAUUUUUGGAGUCUUGAUUUGUGAUUUGUGUCAAUUUUUCAAACUCUUAAGACGCGUCCACAUUACGCCAAUCGGCCUUGGCCGCCCGGUAAAGCCGACUAAUUGUGGACGUACCGCCCGCUUGCCGACGUGCCGAAAACCGACUCGAAUCAAACUGAACCCAAACCGAAACAAGUGGGUCCGGUUCGAGAAAGUCGAACCAAAACAAAACGAAGUAAACUAGCGUUGACGACAUAGUGCUUCGUGUGUUCGUGACGGCUUCGUGCAUCCGAUGGGACUUCGGCUUCAUGCACCCGAUGGGGCGUCCACAUUACAUAACGAACCGAAUAUGCCGCCUGGUACAGGCCGAUCGGUAUCAUUCGGCAUAAUGUGGACGCGCCUUUAGAAUCCCAGGUAUAUCUACAAAAAUGAAAAGUAAAGAGGCUUUCGGCUGAAAAUAUUUUUAAUAAAUUUAAUGAUAAAUAAAGCAACACUAACUGAAAA